AUGUCGUCGAGUGAGCCUAAUCGCGACGGGUGUCAUUCAAGUCCUGGAAGGCAGCGAGGCAUACCACGCGGUAGAUCGCGCGGCCGCUGCUCGCGUGGUGGGCCCCGUGGUAUGCCGCGCGGUGGGUACAUCAAGGACCUGCACGGAGGAUACGCAGGAGGCGCAUACACCGGAGGAUCUCUCCCACCAGACAGGAUCAUCACCGACGGACUCGCCGGCAGGCCCAUCAAGACAUUAUGCAAACCAGAGCCAGAAAGCGCCGGGGCAGAUGUCGUGCUCAAGGACCUCACAUAUCUUGGCUCGUACAAUUGGACAAACUCGAAGAAGCCCACGAUCAUCGUUCCAGGUUCGCCCUCGAUAUGGCACGACAGGUCAUUGCCGUUUACAGCCCCUCCAGACAGAGGAUUCAGGUUCAUCGAUCAAAGCGGGUAUCGCAUGCCAUCCUGCAUGCUUUACCCGUUGUUUCGCGCGGUCGACAUAGUCGCGGAGGAGAACGAGACAGACAUCGACUGGCUAGAUGUGGACUUCGUUACCGAUCGUAACGGGCUGCGCAAGCUGCUCCGGUGGAUUCAUGCUGAUCGGGAAGAGUUCAGGAUCGACACGCAGCUUGCCGGUCGGCGCACGGUCCUGUUGAGCAGAUGGGAGAAACGAACGCAGGAGAUGGACUUCGGCGGUCUUAUAAUGGUAGUCCGCUUCGAAGUGGAUGCCUGUCUUCCGACAGAAUGCGAUACGUCUUCAACCGCUCCAUCUUCCGACGUAGAUGGCUUGACAGAUAUGUUCUCUGGGAUGGAUGUAGGAUCACUCGUCCAGCCUGUGUUCAUCGAUAGCGAGGCAUCCACCACGGAGCUUGACGUUAUCAGCGCAGGCCAGCAGAUCCCCCAGGACGCGAUCAUUGAGAUGACCACGCGCUGGAAGGCGGGGGCGGGCCGAUUUAACUGGAAGGAGUCGUAUCCUCAGUUGUACCUCUCGCAGACACCCCACCACUACCUCGCCAUGCAUGAUUCUGGCGAAUUCUACGAAAUCACGAAGCGCCGCCUCGACUGCGCGGAGAUGAAGGAGGUCGACGGCAAGACUCAGACAAAGUUCAGGCAACUGAGACAGAUACUAGGCACGAUACAGGAGCUGCUCAUUGAACACGGUCAGAGCACGAGCUUGAGUCUCGUAUAUAAAAAUGGAGAGCUGCUGGUGUUCAAGCGAAGCAUGCAGGAGAGCCUCAUUCCCGAUGAGCUUUUCACACGUUUUAAUCAGUAA